CGACCCUGGUUCAACUCCCGGGACUACACGCUUAUUCUGCCCUCAUUGUUUCCAAUGGAAGGUUGAUGACAUGACUAUCGACUACACACACUGCAAUAGUGGACCAACCACCAUCGGUCCACCACUGCAGGAAGUGGAAUCCACAAGCACAUGGCCUGAUUAAUACUCUGCGGUCUGAGUCUCAGUAGCAAGUCUGGCUGCGUCGCUGCUGUUUCAGCCACCAACGUCGAGAGAAUAGAUUAAGUCUCCAGCCCGUCCAGCGCCCGAGAUUAAUGGCUCCGAGGCGAGCACAUCACUGACUGGCCAUGUCGGCAUGUCCUUAAGCAGAGCGUGGGCCGCCCUUAUCACGAUCCAAGUGGACUGCCUCCUGCCCCGCUUCGGCGCCGGGAUGGUCCAUCCGUCUUCCGUCCUGCCAGCUUUCACCGUCGGACAGUCCACUCUGAGUGCACUGCUUGCCUGCUGUCUGCCUGUCGGCCUGUCGGCCUGCCUCUGGCCCUCUGGAGUCUUGGACUCGGCUGGCCCAGGUGGUCCGUUCUGCUCCCCGAUCCGCUCCCCACCACGCCGCCAGCCUACUGUGUAACAGUAGUCGACUCCGUUCUCAACCCUACCGCCGCCUUAGCCUCGCAGUCACACCCCUCGCCUUGUUCGUUACGGGGUCGAAAUCCAUGAUUUGUGCGGAAGACAAUUUAUACGCCUUGGCUGCCCCAAGUGAAACUCAAAUCACCGACCUCCUCGGAGAUGCCCUACUAUUUCGAUCUGAGACACGUACUCAUGACUCGCUCCCUCGAUCACAUCGGACCGUGGGAUGGUGGACUGGGAGAGAGAAACCUAAGUCGGACGGCUUCCCACAAGGUCGACAUAGUCGACUUAGUCCCAUCGCAACUCAGGCACGCCAGGCUGGCGACUAGAAACACACAGAAAAGCUAGAACUCGGCAAUUUCAU